UAUCUCUAUCAGUCAACUUUGGAGCAUUGGUAAAUGCAGAUGCCCGUAGGUUGAAUCUUCUGCAUGCAGCUACCUCUACAAUUGUUUUGCAGAUUUGUAAUCUUCUGCCAAUUUUAACCUCCAUUUCAAGUUUAACCGUCACUAAACUGAACGUACAACGUCCGUCAUGUGUUUUAACUUUACCAUGUUCUGCUCUGAGAGUGUUCAGUUAACCGCUUUUUCCACUGAAUAAAUUAAAUAAUCAAAAUUCCGAUUUCAACGCUAGCGCAGCUCCAAUUAUCGAAAGAUGAAUCAGUUCUUGGCAAGGUCGGUGAUGAGGCGGUUGGUUAAUUCUGGCAGUAACUGUAAACGUUGCAUAUCGUCCUUGUCAUCGCCGUUGUCUCUGUCGUCAUCAGCGGCGACGGCGGCGGCGGAAGUUCAUAAGCCGAGUAGUGAGUCAGUUGUGAUGAUGAGUGGCAAGCGGCUGGGAUUUUCUGGUCAGUGGUGGAGGAUGAUGAGCUCCGCUAGUGAACCGCCAACGAAGAAGUCAACGUCGUCGUCCACUACGGUGAGGAAGGAGGAUGAGAAAGGCGAGAAAACGAGCGAUGCUUCUGUGGAGAAGAUGGAAAGAAAAAACGACCAAGUUGUUGUUUCCAGCUAUUGGGGCGUCUCGAGACCAAAGAUUACUAGAGAAGAUGGCUCUGUGUGGCCUUGGAAUUGCUUCAUGCCAUGGGAGACAUAUCAAGCUGACUUGUCCAUUGAUCUAAGCAAGCACCAUGUACCCAAGGCAUUCCUUGAUAAGGUUGCUUAUUGGACAGUGAAACUUCUCAGGAUUCCGACAGAUUUACUCUUUAAGAAAAAAUACGGUUGCCGUGCAAUGAUGUUGGAAACAGUGGCUGGUGUGCCCGGAAUGGUAGGAGGUAUGCUGUUACAUCUGAGGUCGUUGCGCAAGUUUGAGCAAAGUGGUGGUUGGAUAAAAGCAUUACUAGAAGAAGCCGAGAAUGAGAGGAUGCAUCUGAUGACUAUGGUGGAGCUAGUGCAACCUAAAUGGUAUGAGAGGCUGUUAGUUCUUGCGGUGCAGGGAGUCUUUUUCAACUUUUAUUUUGUGCUUUACGUGCUGUCCCCCAAGCUUGGACACAGAAUAGUUGGGUAUCUGGAAGAGGAAGCUAUACACUCGUAUACUUUGUAUCUGAAUGAUAUUGAUCGUGGUGAAAUUGAAAAUAUUCCUGCCCCUGCCAUUGCAAUUGACUACUGGAGACUGCCUAAGGAUGCAACUCUAAAGCAUGUUAUUACUGUCAUCCGUGCUGAUGAAGCUCAUCAUAGAGAUGUUAACCAUUUUGCAUCUGAUAUCCAUUAUCAAGGAAAGAAAUUGCAGGAGGCAGCUGCUCCUGUAGGUUACCAUUAAAUCUACAUACUAUUCUCUCUUGCGGAGUUGUUCUGCUUUCCAUAUUUUGUUGUAGAUCAUGGGUCCAUUCUGAAGAUUGGUAAUGAAAUAUCUAGAAGUAGCAGAUGUAAUGUAUGGAUUAAACUACUGCUCAGUUCCUGCAUAGUGGUAUGGUAAAAAUGCGCUAUUGCUCUUCAAAGAGAUGCAAGAUGUUUAUAUUUAAAUGAAAAACCUGGGGAAAGUAUGAGACACUGUGAUACCACCGACAAAAUUUUAUUAAAUGAACCUUUUCGAUUGAA